UAAAAAUAUUAAUGACUAACCGACAAAAUCUGAAGUUAUCUCUACAGAUACAAAUUACAAUCUCUACAAACUCUUCACUCGUUAAUCAAAUCCCGUUUUGCUAUUCAAAAUGAAUGGUUUAAGCGAGGAAGCCGAUAACACUGUUAAAUUCGGCCUGCAUUUUAACUCAUCUCUGGAGAUUGCGCUUGUCAGCUCAAACAUUUCCUCGGACUCCAAAAAUGUUGUGGAACGAUCGCAGCAAUAUAUUGACGGAAUUCGGGAGUUGCUGAGUCGAUCCAAUGAUAUCAUUGAAAUGGCGAAGGAAUCCGUCGAAACGGUGGAGAAACAACGAAAUAACGUAUUUUCUGCAAAACAAUUGUUAUCAGCACUGGAAGAGGGUCUUUCUCCUGAAAGGAAACGCAUCGAAGCAUCAAUCAAAAAAAUCAAGGGCGACUACGAGAUGAAACGACAAGAGCUGGAAAGGCUGCUAGAACAAGAAGCCACAAUACAAAAACAAAUUAAUGAAAUUAUUGAGCCGCCAAGGGUGGGCUAGAAUUUACACAAGUGCUCAUCAACAGAGCGUGGAGCAAGAUCAACCUGGACCAUCCGAUCGAUAUCCAUUGCGAGUUUCCAGUAGCGGUGGCGAAGAAAAUGUGCAGCCGUUUUUGGUUGACGCUCCCUGGUAAAAACGCCUUUCCGGUUGCCCCAGACACGGUUUACCUCUGUGUGGAUCAAUUGACGAUUCAACACGGUUAGCUGGUGACAGUUAUUUUAAUACGCAAGUACCUUGGUCAGUCAUGAAAUCAGCAAAAUUCCAUACCAUUUCGCCGGUUAGAAUCUGAUCUUGGCGGAGUUGAUCGAACACACCAUGAUAUUGCGCCAUGAAUUCUGUCUGGUACUCCUCGGAAAACAUUGAGGAUGGAUUCUGGAAAAUCACAAAGAUUUGCAUAAUUGUGACAACUAUUUAUGUGUAAAAUUUUCACCGUAUGCAGUCCUGUGAUUGUGUCGGCGCCGUAUUCCGUGAUAAUCACUGGCUUCGUAAAACGACUGGCCCACAGUUUAAUAUCGCGCGAUAACUGAUAUGGUAUGAGCUGCAGUUUUCCUGGAUCACUGUACCAUGCGAAGUAGUGGUUAAUGCAUAAGAUGUCUACCAGACCAGCCUAAUAAAUAUA